CGGCAGCCAUUCCAAGACCCUAUGCGACACGCUUCUCCACGGCUGGAGUGGGCUUUGAGUAACAUGGCCGACUAUGGCUGACGUGCUUCUCCUUUCUUACACCCCAGAUUGAACGCCUUUUAUGACUCCAGAGCAAAUCGAUCGAACCGGCAAGAGUGAAAGACUGCCGUCAUGAUAGAUCAUGUCCUAGGCCGGCCCUCGGUGCAGUUCCGAAAGAUACAGGUGCUGGCGGUAGUGUCCUUCUGGUCCUUUUACCUCUACAGAGGCGACCGCCACGGCCCACCAAUCGUCCGCCGCAUCUCCGCCCUCCUCUCCCGAAAGCUCACCGUGUGGCAAUCCGUCCUCAUAACGCUCCUCUACCUCUACAUCGCCCGCAACUUCGGCAAGCUCGUCGGCCUCGAAUGUCCCGAGCCGCUCGCGAAUCUCUACUCGCGCUCCUACUUCCGCGCCACAUGGGUCACCACGGCGCUGGAUGCGGGCUUCUGGUCUGCCAUGAAGAUUAAGAGAAAGGGCCCGAGGGAUCUGCUGUCCAUUGUCUUCAGUGUGUACUACCUGAUCUGUGCCGAGCAGGCAGACGAGAAAGUCAGGAAGAUCAGGGCGACGCUUACUGUCGACCACCUGCGCGUGGCAUGGAAUAAGGGGACAACACCAUAUCUGGGUGCCCUGACGAACCUGAUGCGCCCCAGGUUGAUGUGGUACCCGCCUCGCAAAAUCAGGAUACCGCGGCCCAAAGAGAGUUCGUACACGGAGCCCGUCAUCGGCUGGCUUUACUUCAAUGGCCCGCUGAGCGCGCUCAAGAAGCAUGACAAGGUUGUGCUGGACAUCCCUGGUGGAGGCUUCGUGGCCAUGGAUCCGAGGAACCAUGACGAUAAGCUUAUGGGCUGGGCGGGGAAGACUGGCCUCCCGGUGCUGAGCCUGGACUACAGGAAGGCACCAGAACACCCUUACCCAUAUGCGCUGAAUGAGUGCUAUGAUGUGUACCAUAAUAUCAUCGCGAGUAGAGGUCGAUGCAUGGGCCUAUCAGGAGAGCAGGAGCCAAAAAUUGUCGUUUCGGGCGACUCGGCAGGAGGAAAUCUCGCUGUGGGCAUGGUGCUCAUGAUCCUGCAGAGCGGUUCGACGGAGACACGGAGAUGGCAAGGGGAAUACGCGAUACCUCCCCCAAUUGGCGUAGUCUUGAUUUACCCGGCGCUGGAUAUGAACAUUGGCAACUGGAUGACGGACGAGCAGAUGGCCCUGAUCCGUGACAGGAGAGUGCGAAAGACGAACAGGCCAAUUCUACGACACAAGAGCGAUGACUACCGACAUCUUGCACCAAACACCCCGUAUGGCUCAGAUAACUCUGAUGACGAAGAUGAAGCAACAAGCAAAGCACCAAUGUCAAGUGGAUCGUUGCCUACGAGCGAACGUGUGCUCGCCUCGCCGCAGACGAUGAUAAAGCUUUCCAUGGCCCAUACUGGUAAGGACAGCCAAUCCAGGCCUCGCUCCGCGACCAAUGGAGAUAUUGUCCAAACGCCAGGCGAAAUGACACCCGCCAGCAACGGUAUGCCACCCACACCAGGUCCGUCCUUGCCUGCAACAGCCAUCAAGACACGUCUCGCAACGUCGAGUAUGAUAUCGUACUUUAACGACCGUAUCUUGACACCAGAGAUGAUGCGGGCUAUGAUCAUCCUCUACGUUGGCCCACAUCACCGACCGGACUUUAGCACUGACUACCUCCUGUCCCCAUUGCUCGCUCCCGAAUCCCUACUUGCCCGGUUUCCGCGGACGUGGAUGUUGACAGGGGAACGAGAUCCGCUGGUCGACGACACGGUCAUCUUCGCUGGCCGCCUGCGACAAGCAAAACGCGCCGAGUGGGUUACAGCGAAGGAACUCGGUCUCGACUGGGCGAGGAGGGAGUUUAGAGAAGAGGACUGGGUAAACGUCGACCUCAUCCCUGGCAUCAGCCACGGUUUCCUUCAGUUCGUAGGCGUGUUCCCAGAAGGCUGGAAGCACAUUUUCCGUUGCGCGAAAUGGAUCAACGAAGCCUUCGAAUGGGAUUCACGAAACCCGACCCUUGAAGACGCUGUAACACCAGGGUAUACGCCCAGCCACCGGCCCCAGCACCACAGGUCAGACUACUUUGGCUCUGGCGCAACGCUCGGUCUCGCGGAGGCAGUCACUGGGCUCAGUUCGGGCCAGAAGAAACGGCAUCAUCAGAGGAGUGGUACAGCGAGUUCAGGGGAUGAGGAUCGGCCGCUUGAGAUGACGGUGUUGUCCAAGGGGAGGGCAAAGAGUCCGAGUGAUAUGGCGAACGGCAGCUCGAGUGGCCCUGCGAGAGGGAGAGGGCGAACUAGGAAGAGUGACAGGGGGCGCAGGAAGAGCUUGGUUAGCUUGGCGAGUGAGGAUGAUCUGUUGGGGCGACGAAUGAAGGGGCUCACGGGUGGACUGGGCGGGGAAGGUGGGUUUGACCUGUAAGAGUGAACAUGUCUUUUUACCAAUAGAUUGCAUGGGUGGUUGAUAGAGCAUAGAAUUGGUGCUAUUUCAAUGUAUCCACAUCCGCUCGGAAGUCCUUCGCGUUGAUCUAUAUGAAGUCGGC